AUGUCCAGUACAAGAAAUUUAGUCCCGCCGUCUCCGCUUGUAAAUGAACGGAAAAUUCCACCAGAAAGUGACACAUGUGGAACAUCGCCUCCACCCACAGUCAUUGUAAACGUACGGAAACUCCCACCGAUUGUCACCGCUAGCCACCGAACUCCACAGUGGAACGUUCCACCCAAAGACAUAGUAAACAAACGUAGAACUCCACCACCUCCACCGAAGAGUGGAACAUCCCCUCCACACACAGUCAAAAAGUGGCACAUGUGGAACAUCCCCUCCACCUGUUCCACCGACUGCCACCGACAACCACCGCUAGCCAUCGAUAACCACCGAACUCCACCGCCUCCACAGUGGAAGGUUCCACCCGGUCUACCCAAAGACAUGAUAAACGAACGGGUAAUUCCACCACCUCCACAGUGGAAGGUUCCACCCGGUCUGCCCAAAGACAUGAUAAACGAACGGAUAAUUCCACCGCCUCUACAGUGGAAGGUUCCACCCGGUCUACCCAAAGACAUGAUAAACGAACGGAUAAUUCCACCGCAAAAGCGACAGCGACCUUGGAUUCACUUUUAA